CAACCCACUCCCACUGUAGUUUACAACCCUCACUCAUUCCAGCAAAGACAGCACAAAGACAAGCAGCAAGAUGAAGCACCUGUUGUUUUUGGGGAUUGCAUUUGCUGCAUUCUGCGUCAGCCAUACAAAUCCUCCAGAUUUCUGUCGUUUGCCGUCUGAUGAAGGUGAAGGCACAAGCUUUAACUUUGCUUUGUAUUAUGACCACACCAAGGAUGAGUGCAAUCCUUUCCUAUACAGAGGCAUAGGAGGAAAUGCCAACCGUUUUCUAAAUGAAAGAGAUUGCAUAAGAAACUGUUCCGUCAACGCAGAGAAUAUCUACCCCAUGGAUGCGUCCAAAGCUUGCCACUUAAAAAAGGCUGGAGGUAAAUGCAGUGCUCAGGUUUUGAGAUACUACUACGAUUCUGUUCAUGACAAAUGCAAAAAAUUCCUUUGGACUGGAUGCAUCGGAAACGGAAACAGAUUUUUUGACCAGGGCAGCUGCAACUCCACCUGUGCUGGCAUCCAUGAUGAUGGCGAGGAAGAAGAGGAGGAGGAGCCAGACACUCCUAUUGCAAUCAUCUGUGGAGUUCUGCUUGCUGUCAUUAUUGCCGCCGUCUUAAUAACUGUGAUUGUCUUGACCGUUCAGUCAAAGAAAAAGAGCCCCAAGAAGAAGGCAGCAGGGAAAAGUAAAGACCCCCAGUCUGGCACACCUCUUCAGGAGAAGGGGAUUGAAAUGGCAUAGAAAGUUAUGUCACCUCAAUAGCAACAUGUGGAGUUUUCAUCAGUUUGGUUUUGUAUUAUUAUUAACUCUACUAGUCUUGAUACCAAACAUAUCAACUGAUUAUAACAUUUAUGUUCAAUUCAGAUUUUUUUACUGACAUGUAAUAACUACAAUUUUGUUCAAUUUUUUUUUUGUUUCACUUAAAACAUGUGCAAAGUAAUGUUUCUUGUAUUUUUUCCUUGGAGCUUUACCGUGUAUUUUCAUUCCGCAACCCCAAAUAAAUCUGAUGAGUCUGAUGAGUGUAAUCAAAAGAAACCAGAACUGAAACGAUUAUAGUCAAUUCAUUGAUUAGUUGAUUCAUCAGCAACCAUUUUGAUAAUUAAUUAAUUGUUGAAGUCAUUUUUUCAGGAAAGAUGGCAAAUGUUUCCUUUGUUCCAGCUUUUUCAGUUGUGAGGAUUUUCUGCUUUUAUUUGCCUAAUGUGAUAGUAAACUGAAUAUAUAUUGGGUUUUGGACUAUUGGUCGGACAAAAACUUUUGGGACCCAGGAAAUUGUGAUAGACAUUCUCACAAAUUUCAUAUAAUGAAUUCAGUCGGCAGAUCAAUUAUUAAUGAAAUUCAUUGUUAAGUGCUGCCUUAAAAAAAAAACAAAUCAAGACUUUAGGGAAAUAUUUACGUUACAUAUUUACAU